CCCCGGCGCGCUGCCUCUGCGGCCGGAGAUCCCAUGGCGGCCCGCGGCCCGCGGCCCUAAGUCCCGGUAACCGGUGCUCGAACUUUGGCCGCCGGCUCAUCCCCGAGCACCCGCUCCUAUGGUGUUUCUUCCGAUCAAAUGGAGCAAGCCCCCAAUGCCUCACCACCAGCACCUCCGGCGUUUCCUCUCAUCCGUCACCGCCAGAGCCGCGGCGGCGAUCCCAGCGCGGCGCGUACCGCGGUCGUCCGGCACCUCCGCGCAAAGCGCCCGCAUCCGGGAGCUCGGCCGCCUCGGCCGCUUGUGCGAGGCCAGGGAGGUGUUCGAUGCCAUGCCCUUCCGCGACAUCAUUGCCUGGAACUCCAUGAUAUUCGCCUAUUGCAACAACGGGAUGCCCGACGCGGCGAGGUCGCUCGCCGACACGAUCUCCGGCGGGAACCUGCGCACGGGUACCAUCCUGCUGUCGGGCUACGCGCGCGCCGGCCGUGUGCGCGAUGCUCGCAGAGUGUUUGAUGAAAUGCCCCUGCGGAACACCGUGGCGUGGAAUGCCAUGGUCACCUGCUAUGUCCAGAACGGGGACAUCGCCCUUGCGCGCAGCCUGUUCGACGCAAUGCCGAGCAGGGAUGUAUCUUCCUGGAACACGAUGCUUACUGGGUACUGCCAUAGCCGACAGAUGAUGGAUGCAAGGAAACUAUUUGAACAGAUGCCAGAACGCAACAUGGUUUCUUGGACGGUGAUGAUUUCUGGGUAUGUUCUGAUUGAGCAGCAUGGUAAGGCUUGGGACAUAUUUCGCAUGAUGCACCAUGAAGGAAUGUCAUCAGAGCAACCAAACCUUGUCUCUGUGCUUUCAGCUAUAAGUAAUCUUGGUAAUCUCAACAUUCUAGAGAGUAUCCACGCUCUUGUUCAUAAGGCUGGCUUUGAGAGGGAUGUGGUGAUCGGCACUGCCAUACUUAAUGUAUACACUAGAGGUGUGAGUAUGCUCGACACUGCAGUAAAAUUCUUUGAAGGUAUGACAGAGAGGAAUGAGUACACAUGGUCAACCAUGAUUGCUGCACUAUCUCAGGGUGGGAGAAUAGAUGAUGCUGUUGCUAUCUACCAAAGAGACCCUAUUAAGUCUGUUCCUAGUCGAACUGCAAUGCUCACAGGCCUUGCUCGGUUUGGAAGGAUUUACGAUGCAAGGAUUUUAUUUGAUCAGAUUCCCGAGCCUAAUAUUGUAUCCUGGAAUGCCAUGAUUACUGGGUACAUGCAGAAUGAAAUGGUUGAUGAGGCAGAAGAGCUUUUUAACAGGAUGUCCUUUCGGAACACAAUAUCUUGGGCUGGCAUGAUUGCUGGAUAUGCACAAAAUGGGAGGAGUGAACAAGCUUUGGUUUUGCUCCAGUCUCUCCACCGGAAUGGCAUGUUACCUAGCCUGUCUAGUUUGACCAGUAGCUUAUUUGCUUGUUCGAAUAUUGAAGCUCUUGAGACAGGAAAGCAGGUGCAUUCGCUUGCAGUAAAGGCCGGCUGUCAGUACAAUAGCUAUGUAUGUAAUGCGCUGAUUACUAUGUAUGCCAAGUGCAGAAACAUAGGUUUUGUGAGACAAAUCUUUGAUCGUAUGACAGUUAGAGAUACAGUGUCAUAUAAUUCUUUAAUUACUGCACUUGUGCAGAACAAUAUGUUGGAACAAGCAAGAGAUACAUUUAACAAUAUGCCCAGUCGAGAUGUUGUUUCUUGGACUACUAUAAUAUCUGCAUACGCACAAGCUGACCAGGGGAAUGAGGCAGUAGAGAUGUUCAGAAGUAUGCUUCAGGUGCAUGAGUUACCCAAUUCACCAAUAUUAACGAUACUUCUUGGUGUUGGCGGAAAUCUUGGUGCUUCCAAACUCGGACAGCAAAUUCACAACAUUGCUGUCAAACUUGGCUAUGCUCAACAUGGCUUUGGAAGAGAAGCCAUCAGAAUGUAUCAACAAAUGGAAUCUGCAGGAGUGUUGCCAAAUGAGGUCACUUUCGUGGGGCUUUUACAUGCAUGUAGCCAUUCUGGUUUGGUAGAUGAAGGGCGUCAGUUUUUCAAAUCCAUGAGCAGUGAUUAUGGACUAACUCCUCUGCUGGAGCACUAUGCUUGCAUGGUGGACCUUCUUGGGCGGGCUGGUGAUGUGCAAGGAGCUUUACAGUUUAUUUAUGAUAUGCCUAUUGAACCAGAUGCAGUGAUCUGGAGUGCUCUUCUUGGGGCAUGCAAGAUUCACAAGAACGUAGAAAUUGGGAGAAGGGCAGCUGAGGAACUUUUCUCUAUUGAGCCAUUUAACGCUGGCAAUUAUGUAAUGUUGUCAAAUAUAUACUCCUCCCAGGGGAUGUGGGAUGAAGUUGCGAAGGUGCGAAAACUUAUGAAAGAACAAGGUGUGAACAAGGAACCUGGUUGUAGCUGGAUGCAGAUAAAGAACAGAAUGCACUCAUUUGUCACUGGAGAUGAGGAACAUGAACAAAUUCAAGAAAUACAUGCUACCCUCUGGGAGUUGUACACUUUGUUAAAGGCUACAGGAUAUGUGCCUGACACAGAAUUUGUUCUCCAUGACAUAGAUGAAGAGCAGAAGGAGAGCUCACUUCUGUACCACAGUGAAAAGCUUGCUGUUGCUUAUGGCCUUCUUGUUACACCCAAGGGCAUGCCCAUCCAGAUAAUGAAGAACCUUAGAAUAUGUGGUGACUGUCAUGCUUUCGUCAAAUCUGUUUCCCAUGUUACCAAGAGAGAAAUUGACAUUAGGGAUGGGAAUCGAUUCCAUCACUUUAGGAAUGGAAAUUGUUCAUGUGGUGAUUUUUGGUGAUAAAUUAUUCCACCACCAACAGGUCUUCUUCACACUAUCCCCUCACAUUCAGAAGCAUACGAUCUUAUUCGUUCUGAUGCUUUUCAUCAACACUGUACGGUACUGAUAGAGGAAGGGGUCAAGUUUACUGAGGAGCUAUGAAGUCAGGAAGAGGAAGGGGCAGUCCAGUGAGGUAUUGAGCAACAGUGGUGGAAUGGACUUGAAGCCAUCUGCUACCAUGGCUACAUCUGGAAUGGAGGUGGCUGGAUCAACAUGGACACUGGUUGUGCAGCUGAGGGAAGGUUUUGAAGGCAGUCUCAUGGCUUUGUGCCGUGCCUUAUAGGCGGUGAUGACCAGUAAUGACAGGAGCCAGAUGGCACUCGGCUGCCAAUUUCAUUGCAGUAAGGCUGAGCAGGUGCAGGCAGAUUGAGGCAAACUGAUGCUUCCACCUUUGAUGGUGCAGUGCAGUAGUAGUCGAGCUAUAGAGGUGGAUAUGAUAUUAAAAUUGAUAAUACCUCAUUGGUAAAUUCAGUGGCCACCAGCCACCUUGUCAUCUGCAUUUUUGUUAGGAAUGCUACUCAAGAAACUGUACACUUGCAGGCUGGCAGCAGCUGCUGAUGGAAAAUUGGAGAGGUUGGUUUUAAAGCUCAUAAUAUUUAUUUGCAGUAAUUCUUCAUGAACUUUUACAUGGUAUUUUCUUGGUCCACGAAUUGCUUGAAAGUUCUUUUUAACUCUUUGCAUCUUUUCCUACUGCAAUUGCCUACACUAGCACACCAUUCAUCUAGAGGUGAGGAUAACACUUCAUCUACAGCAGCCAUCAAAUUUUGUUUGCAUUAUGAUUAACAGAACUGAACCACAUCUUGAAAUUGACAUGUUUUCAUUUUCAUGUCAAGAAGGGUCAAUGUCAGUGAGAAGAUCUGUUAUUCUUCUGCAUCAUGAAUGGAUAAAUCUAUAUAUCCUCCUGCUACUCGAACUGAACUUUGGGUGUUAGUUGUGGUGAGUCAAAAUUUGUUGGAAGUUUCAGAUCCUCGCAUGUCACCCAGGUAACCUUUCGUCCUACCAAGCACCAACCACCAAGUACUGUCGAGCCGCGUCGGUACCGGGGAAAGCGAAAGCAAACCGAGAAGAAAAAAAGAAAAAGAAACGCAAAGUUGCAGCUCAACUUGGCAGCCGAACAACGGGAGCCCGCCACCUGAGCGCCACCGCACCAGCGGCAGCACGUAAAGCGAAACCGUGGUCGCGUCGUGGGGGCGAGGAACCCGGUGUGAAGAAGGAAAGCUGGCUGGGCUCCAGGCGGGCGCGGCAACGCAAGUUGCGCUACCGACCCGGCGAGGAGUCAAAGCGCGCGCCCGGUGUUUUUGCUGUAAUCCGACGGCGCCUCGCUUUCGUGGCCCUCCGCCUCCUCAAGAGGAUUGGCUUCCGAUUUGUCCUCCGUGGUCCUGGAAGAAACCUGUGCCCGUGCCGUUGGAUUGUGCAGGUGACUGUGUAUGUGUAUACAAACCCAAGGAGCAGAAGCAACGGAACAAGCUAGAUGGCCAAAUUGUAGUGAAUUGACGCUUGCAGUUCUUUUCUUUGUUUUUAGCAGAGGGAGAGAGGAGUCAGUGCUC